GCUCAGGCACAAGCCAGCAGGCCCACCCUUCCAGACACUUCGCAGUGCAGCACAGUUUUGCAGAGGAAGCCUUCCCUAGCCUCUGUACUGAGGCUCUUCUGUGAACGCUGUUCCAGCUGCAGGCCUGAGAUGCGAGCUGUCCAGCUGCUGCUGCUGGCCUGCCUGGUGUGGGGAGCAGGAGCCAGGGCAGCCCAGCUCCGCAAGGCCAAUGAUCGGAGUGGCCGGUGCCACUACACCUUCACUGUGGCCAAUCCCAGUGAAUCCAGCUGCCCCGAGCAGGGCCAGGCCAUGUCAGCCAUCCAGGACCUACAGAGAGACAGCAGCACCCAGCAUGCAGAGCUGGAGACCACCAAAGCCCGGCUCAGCUCCCUGGAGAGCCUUCUCCACCGGCUGAACUUGGACCAAGCUGCUGGGCCCCAGGAGACACAGGAGGGGCCGCAGAGGGAGCUGGGUAUCCUGAGGAGGGACCGGGACCGGCUGGAGACCCAAGCCAGGGAGCUGGAGGUAGCCUAUAGCAAUCUCCUUCGGGACAAAUCAGCACUGGAGGAAGAGAAGAGGCGACUGCGACAGGAGAAUGAGGAGCUGGCCAGGAGGCUGGAAAGCAGCAGCCAGGAAGUAGCGAGGCUGAGAAGGGGCCAGUGUCUCCAGGCCCGGGUCCCCUCUCAGGACAUGCUGCCAGGCUCCAGGGAAGUUUCUCAAUGGAAUUUGGACAGUUUGGCCUUCCAGGAACUGAAGUCAGAGUUAACUGAAGUUCCUGCUUUGAGAAUCUUGGAGAAUCCAACUGGCCAUCCCAGGACUGAAGACGGAGACAGCGGAUGUGGACAACUGGUUUGGGUAGGAGAGCCUGUGACUCUGAAGGCUGCUGAAACAAUCACUGGCAAGUAUGGAGUGUGGAUGAGAGACCCCAAACCCAAGUACCCCUACUCACAGGAGACCACAUGGAGGAUUAACACGGUUGGCGUAGACAUCCGCCAGGUAUUUGAAUACAACCUCAUCAGUGACUUUGUGCAGGGCUACCCUUCGAAGGUCCAUGUGCUCCCCCGGCCUCUGGAAAGCACAGGUGCCGUGGUGUAUGCGGGGAGCCUCUAUUUCCAGGGUGCUGAGUCCCGAACCGUGAUCAGGUAUGAGCUGAAUACAGAGGCAGUGAAGGCGGAGAAGGAAAUCCCUGGAGCUGGCUACCACGGACAGUUCCCGUACUCUUGGGGCGGCUACACAGACAUUGACUUGGCUGUGGAUGAGUCUGGCCUCUGGGUCAUCUACAGCACCGAGGAGGCCAAAGGUGCCAUCGUUCUCUCCCAACUGAACCCAGAGAAUCUGGAACUUGAACGAACCUGGGAGACUAACAUCCGUAAGCAGUCAGCCGCCAACGCCUUUGUCAUCUGUGGCACCUUGUACACCAUCAGCAGCUACUCCUCAGCUGAGGCCACUGUCAACUUUGCUUACAACACAGGCACAGGGAGCAGCAAGAGCCUGACCAUCCCGUUCAAGAACCACUACAAAUACACCAGCAUGAUUGACUACAAUCCCUCAGAGAGGAAGCUGUUUGCCUGGGACAACUUCAACAUGGUCACCUAUGACAUCAGGCUCUCCAAGAUAUGAGAAAUCUUCAUGCGUCCCCAGCAAGGUGAAAAAAGAUGACACCUACAACUCUGGAGGGGAACAGACUGGAGGGAGAGCAGCUGGCCAGGCCCACACAACUUCUGCUUUUCAGCCUUCAUUAAUCCAGGAGGUUGUGCAUGGCCACUGUCCGGCUACACAAGGACAGCAAUCUGUAGGUCUAGACAAUUUCAUGUUACAAUAGAUAUUCUUUUCUUCUAUCAGCUUUUAAAGGGCUGUUUAUCUAAAAUAGCUCAAGUUUUCUGGCAAUUUGGGGCAAGAGAUAUAAGGCAUAGUGAUUUAUUAAUUAUUGAUCUUGCAAUUUGCAUGGCCCAGAGGCCUUGAUCAAAAGCACGAAAAGCUCUUGUGGCCAGGAUUGAACCUAUGCAUAAGAUGUCUUUCCUGUAAUUGUCUGCUCAUGAUUCAGAUACAACUUAGUUGGGCAUUAUAUAACCCUUUGCCCUGUGAAAUAAAAUUAU